UGAGCCAGCCUCCCCUCUCACAUUACAGCCUAUUUAUAACGGCCCCUCGCCAGGCUCCCUGACUUCCCCGAGACCUCCUCCCAGCCUGCACGCUUCCCCCCGACAUCCGAGAGGCUCGGCCCGACUCUGUUUAUCCUGAGCGGAUUACCCUGGGAAAGGACGCCGUUGGAACUUUUGGGAACUCUCGGAUAUGCGACGCCGUUGGCUUUAAGGAGCUUUUUUGGCCAUGGAUCCCACACUUUUCGGCUGCCUGCGGAACCCCCACGCCCCGACUCAGGGUCUGCACCCGGCCGCCUUCGCCCCGUCCCCGCUCGCCCUACACGGACGCUCGGACCACGUCUCUUACCCCGACCUGUCCGCAACGUCCUCGCCGUCCGCUUGCGUUGUCUCCAACUACGCGGCUGAAGAUGGGCUCUAUCACCCCCGACACCACCCGCAACAACACCCGCAUCUGCACCAGCCUCACCAUCAGCGCAGCCAGCGCCCGUCCCAGCAGGGGCAGCACCACGCCGCCUGGCAUGUCCAACAGAUGUUGCCCGGAGGGGCCCGGGCCCCUCUUUGCCACCCGCACACCCACCUGUCCCACGAUGGGGGACCGGCGCCGCAGGACUUGGCUCAUGUCGGCGCGCCCGCCGUGUGCGCCGCCACCCCAGCGGGGGCCUCCUCUGACUUCGGCAGACCCGCUCUGUCGCCCGCUGAGGCGGAAAAGAGGAACGCAAAGAGGAAAAGUGACAGCUCAGAGUUGCAGGACGGUGGCAUGAAGUGCGGCGGCGAGCUGAGCGGCAAAGCACGCAAGGAGAGGACGGCUUUCACCAAGGAACAAAUCCGUGAGCUGGAAGCAGAGUUUGCGCACCACAACUACCUGACCAGACUUCGCAGAUACGAGAUCGCCGUCAACCUCGACCUCACUGAGAGACAAGUGAAGGUUUGGUUCCAGAACCGACGGAUGAAGUGGAAGCGCGUGAAGGGUGGCCAGCAGGGGGCUGCGGCGCGGGAGAAAGAACUGGUCAACGUGAAAAAAGGAACUCUGCUACCUUCCGAUUUGGCCGGCAUGGCGGUGUCGCGCCGUUCCACGGACUCGUUGGCUAACGACGACAGUCACGACAGCGACCAGAGCGACGAACAUGCUCUCUUAUGAUUCGGGCCGCUUCCUUAAAACAAUACGCCGGUACAGUGAAACCCCUCUUCAAAAUGCGAAUGAUGCCACUCGAUACAGCGGGGACUUCUUCACUGUAUUUUGCGAAUAUCCAAAUGUGACCGUUUGGUGACACUGAUGUAAACAUUCCAUGUUUGAUUUUGCACUGUUGGACUCGGCCGCCGAGUUUAGACGCCGCUCGACAGACAAAAACCUCCCGAGGCUCGUUUUUGCUGGACGUUUUAAGCACAGGGACAUCAACGAAUUUGUUGCAGUACCACUUGGAAACUGAGGCGGCAGUGUUGAGAUUCCAAGAGAGGAAUACUGAUGAAUUAAGAUUCAUCGUGAAUUCCCUUGAUUUCUCCAGAAUGAAAAAGUGGACAAUUUGUCAAUUUCAUUUUGAGCGACAAUCAGAUCCUCCAAGAUCUCACGUGUUUCUAGUUGUGUUUGUCGAGGACAAAAACAAAAUUAUUCAGGUAACAUAACUUUAAUCGGUGAAAAACACAACAGUACUUUUAAGACUUUACAUUAUCUACAACGUUAUUUGUCCAAUGACUUAAAACAUUUUUUGCUAUUUUUUUCCUAACUUUUUUUUUUUUUUUUUGCGUGAUUAAAAACAUGAUUUUCUUGGGGGGUUUUUUGGGGUUUUUUUUUUUAUUUUUUUUUUUAUUACUUUUUAAUUUGGAAAAAAACACAAACUUUGAUCUCUUAAGAUUUAAACUUGACAGUACAGUAAAAUAACAGUAUUUAGAACAUGACUGACAUUUUUCUUCCCAAAAAUAGAAAUUAUCCAACUUUUUUUUGCAAUAUUUUUACAAAAUUAACCUUGUAAUAUUCAGAGAUCUUUUUCCCUUGUUAAAAAAAAAAACUACAAUCUUCUAGGUAUGUUUCUGUCUUGAUAAAAUCAGUCUUAAAUUCUUAAAAGUCCACCAAAACCCACCAUUUCGAAUUUUACUCUUGUGCAACAUUCUCAUACAGGUGCGACUUUUGACGCAAUAAAAACAUUCUUUAGCGAGUCUGAUGACGGAUGUAAUAUCACGAUGAGAAAAAAACAAAAAAAAUCUGUCAAAAUCCGAAAUCGGUUGAGAAAUGCUGCAAAAUCUUGGAGGAAUUGAUGAACGUCAUUGUUUUACAUUUUUUUUUUAAGCAUGAAAACUCAAAAUGCUAACGUGUUAACGGCGGCCUCUGUAUUUUGUCAUCAGUCUGUCCUUUGUUUCGGGGGAAGGACUUUAAAUUGUCAAGCAAACGACGGAUCGGUGAUGAUCGAUAAUGUGUAGAUAAUAAACUGCAUUCUUAUAAGUUUGUACCUGCAGUUGUCGGCUUGUGCCUUAAUAAACACUGACCGACUACGCUUGGGACUUCUUUUUUUGUUCCUCAAAUAACUCUCGCAAUGCUUAAAAUACAGUGAAA